GUGUCAAUUUUUAUCAUGUAGCCGCAAUACAUAUAGCGUAGUAAAAUUUAAAGUAAAUUAAGUUUAAACAUAAAUUUUAGUUGUUAAAAGUGAAUAAUAUAACACAUGAAUAUUGGUUUACCAGAAUCGCCAAGGACAACAACUUUAACUUUCUCAAUAGCAGCCAUUCACAGGUAAAAUGACUGAAGAACGGUACGUCACCGAAGUACCUAGUAGCCUCAAACAAUUGGCUCGACUCGUGGUCAGAGGGUUUUAUACAAUCGAAGACGCCCUAAUUGUUGAUAUGUUGGUGAGAAAUCCAUGUAUGAAGGAAGAUGAUAUAUGCGAACUACUGAAAUUUGAACGCAAAAUGUUAAGGGCUCGAAUAGCAACACUAAAAAACGACAAAUUUAUUCAAGUUAGACUUAAAAUGGAGACUGGACCGGACGGUAAAGCACAAAAAGUUAAUUAUUAUUUUAUUAACUAUAAAACAUUCGUCAACGUAGUUAAGUAUAAGUUAGAUCUGAUGAGAAAGCGAAUGGAAACAGAGGAACGCGACGCGACGAGCCGCGCUAGCUUCAAAUGUCCGUCGUGCGGGAAGACAUUCACUGAUCUCGAGGCCGACCAAUUAUAUGACAUGAUGACGCAAGAAUUCCGAUGCACAUUUUGUAAUCAAGUGGUAGAGGAAGAUCAGUCUGCACUCCCUAAAAAGGAUUCUAGACUGCUGUUGGCUAAAUUUAACGAGCAGUUGGAAACGUUGUACAUCCUGCUAAGGGAAGUCGAGGGAAUCAAAUUGGCACCAGAAAUAUUGGAACCGGAGCCAGUGGAUAUAAAUACCAUCCGAGGACUAACAAAUAAGCUGGCAGGAAUGCGACCGUCUGGAGAACAAUGGUCGGGAGAGGCCACCCGCAACCAAGGUUUCUCUGUUGAGGAGACACGGGUGGACAUUACUAUCGGAGACAAUGACAAUGCCUCAGACGGCACCACGCUCCGGAAAGAGAGGCCUGUCUGGAUGGUGGAGAGUACCAUCGCUGCUAAUGAGCAGAGCGACAGUGUACACUCGACCGAUAUGGCUCUAGAGAAAGCUGCCAGUAGUGCCACCAACGUUAAGAGCAGCGGGAAAGAGAAAACUGAUGACAUUAUGUCUGUCUUGCUCGCACAUGAGAAGCAGAAUCCCGGCAACACGGCAGCGAGUUCGCUGAAGGGUGCGGAACCGGAGAGCUCCGAUUCCAGUGACAAUGAAUCCAAAGAUCCAUAUAAUCUGACAGGUGAACCGACGACUGUUGCUGAAAUGGAAAGCGAAGACUCAGAAUCUGAUGAUAAUUUACCGACGGUAAUGGUGAACGGAAAGCCUGUGGCUUUGACGAGCAUUGAUGAUUAUGUGAUCGCGCGUAUGACGCCUUCCGAGAAAGAGACAUACAUUCAAGUGUACCAAGAAUAUUACAGUAACAUGUAUGAUUAGAUAAAUAAUUGUUUGUAAUAAAUAUUAAUUGCGAA